CAACUGCUCUUGCCGUGCGGACACGUGCGUUCCGGUGUGCCACCGUCUCCUAAAAACCAUACACGGACACAGUGCGUACGAGCGCCGCGGGAAAGAAAACAACAGCGCGAACAAGACGCGGCCAACAGUAGUAGUACGCCAAAGGCGGGCGCGCGUUCUCGGUGUGUUUGUUGCGUUGAUCUAGAGAUCUAGAUUCAACCCUCCAAAACAACAACAACAACAAAAACUGCACAGUUUCACGUGCAACCUACCCGCGGGAUCACGCACGGUUUCCCAGCAGUGUUGUUUGAAGUAUUAUAGGCAUUUAGAAAUACCCCCCCAAAACUGACAGUUGCCGGUUACAAAAUCAAACGUGAAAGAUUGUGUAAACAGUACGGAAACGGAAACAAGUGUAUACUAAAUCGUCACUAUCGUAUACUAAAGUUUGUGUGUGUGUGUGUGUUUAUCAGCACAAGUGUGGUGCGGUGUGCAAUUUGAUAGCCAAAUUUACCCGUUUAUUUAUAUCCAUCUCUAAUUACAUCACAAAAAAGAAACCACAACACAAGCAAGGUGCAACAUUUGUACUGAAAGGUGCGAAAAGAUUUGUAUGACGGAAGGCAUUUAAAUUUUUGAAGUGUUAAGAAGUGUCAGUGUCUGCAGUGUUGUUGCCGAAUAUUACAUCUCAUCUGCCGUGUAGCACAGUCAUCAUAAGAAUCCGUCCGUGCAAUCUGCAAAUCGCACCAUAAAGCACCCACUGAAGGACUCUUUUGAGCCUUCGCAUCGGGACGAUGGUACUGAAGGUGUGCAUAAGAUCAACUCCAUAGGCAAAUGGGUUUUCUGGUCAUGCUUCGCUACACAACUCAUCUUCUGCGUGUAGUUUAUUCCAACUGAAGUGCAAAAAAACAACCGUACACAAAACUCUCAACAAAGAGUUUGUUUUUUUGGUUAUCAUUUUCAUUUCCGUUUUCGGUUUCGCUAAACGAAUUCGCAAUAAUAUUUAACAAAAUACAAUCAAAGUUCUACGCAAAAACAAAACGACUGUAAAAAUAACAAAACAAAAAAAAACAACCCCCGCUCCGAUCGAUGCAUUGAAUGACGACAGCAACCGUCGUAGCCCAGCAGAGUGAGAACUUUGGACGGUUCCCUGCAGCAAGCUGCAGCAGUGCCGCAGCACCCGGGACGCAGCUCAGGAUGAACGACACGCACCAACCGCAACCGUUGCAUACAAGCGAUACGAGCCCCCGCGACCAGAACACCAACGGUACCGGCACGGGCGGUGGACUGGCCGUGGCCAACCUAGCACUGCACGGUGGCGCUUCGGGCGCCCUCAACGCAAACUCUAACGGCAGCACCACGAGCAACGGUUCCGGCACGACCACCACCAACAACAACAACAACAACAACGGCACCGGUAAAAGCCGCACCAUGUCGCUGAGCGACAGUAAAAUUGAUCACCUGCUGCGGGAUCAGCAGCGCGAACAGCAACGUGAACAGCAUCAGUCAUCGCACCAUCAGCAGCAAUCCUCACAGCAGCGCGAACAGCAACAACACCACCAACAUCCACUACAGAACCGGCUGCGCGGUGUAUCACCAACGCCCUCGGAACAACAGUACGCCCUCAAGUGGAACGACUUCCAGUCGUCGAUUCUGUCUUCCUUCCGGCAUCUGCGCGACGAGGAAGAUUUCGUCGAUGUGACCAUUGCCUGCGAUUCGCGAUCCUUCACGGCACACAAGGUGGUGCUAAGCGCGUGUAGUCCCUACUUUCGCAAGCUACUAAAAGCGAAUCCCUGCGAGCAUCCGAUUGUCAUCCUGCGUGACGUACGCUCGGAGGAUAUCGAAAAUUUGCUGCGAUUUAUGUACAACGGUGAGGUACACAUCGGCCAGGAUCAAUUAAGCGAUUUCCUCAAAACGGCCCAGUUGCUGCAAGUGCGCGGUUUGGCAGAUGUUACAACGGGCAAUCCAACCGGCGGCCGAACGUCGGCUAACUCGUCCAUGCUGAACUCAUCAUUAUCGACACCUGCUGUUCAGGAACUGAAGGCAUCACCCACCUCCACCUCGUUACCAUGGGAGUUGCCGGAUGAUAACAAUGCAGCGCCACCGCCCCAGAAGCGUACCAAGAGCUCGGAGUUGUACCGCAAACAGCACGGCCUGAGUCCGGACGAUCCGAUUCCGCUCGAUCUGCUACCGAUUGGGCAGCAUCCGCUAACGCGCGAGCGUGAUCGUUCCAAGGAUAAGAGUAAGCAGGACCAUCACCAUCGCGGUACCUCCGAACAUGACCUGCACCAUCACCAUCAUCACCGCGAACGAGACCGAAGCCUCGAGCUGCGUGAGUCACUGCUCGGUCAAGCGCUCGAAGGAGGACCCACACUAACCGUACCUUCGUUCGAACGUCUCUACUCCAUCCAGAAACAUCCCGAUCUGCUCUCGCUCCAGGCCGUGGCCAGUGGUGAGGAUUCGAACAGCAGUGAUACCGCCGCCUCGGACCAUGGUGACGAUAUCGAGGGUUUGAAUGGUAACAUCGAACACACCCGACCAUCGUUCCCGUUCCUAGGUUUGCAAGGCAUACCCGGCCUAAUACCGGGCCCGUCCGGCAUGCAUGGUGACAACUUCGUUUCUCGCCGUUCUUUAGAAAUGCGCGUCCGUGCCACUGAUCCCCGACCCUGCCCGAAGUGUGGUAAGAUCUACCGUUCGGCUCACACGUUGCGUACCCAUCUGGAGGACAAACAUACGGUAUGUCCCGGGUAUCGGUGUGUCCUGUGCGGUACGGUUGCCAAAUCCCGCAACUCCCUUCACUCGCACAUGUCGCGCCAGCACCGUGGCAUCUCGACCAAGGAUCUUCCAGUGCUGCCGAUGCCGAGCCCGUUCGAUCCGGAGCUAGCGUCACGCCUGUUGGCGAAGGCAGGCGUUAAGAUAUCGCCGGCCGAGUUGCGUGCACGUGCAUCACCGACCGGCACACGACGUAACGACGGUAUGAAGCUGGAACUACGAUCCGGCGAUGGUGGUGAAGAUUUUGACGAUCCGGAAGAUUUAACAAUGUCCCAGAGUAGCCACAGUGAAUCACAGCGACGCUUCCACGAGAGCAUGAUGGGAAUGUCACCGACUGGAUUUAACCAUUUAAACUCGACCACUAUUACACGCGUACGACCAGGCGAAGGUACUCCCAAGCUCAGCCUGGAUGGGCUUGGACGUGACGGAGGUAAUGGAAAUGGAGGUGGACCAGGUAAUGGAGGUCCCGGUGGUAAUGGAAACGGAGGCAACGGGAUGGGUGGAACGGAUCGUCACGGUGGUGGUGGCCCUGGUGGACCGAUGAACCACAUGCAGUCGAAUACCCCGACAGGAUCCGCCAUAUUGGACACGUAUUUACAAUUCAUUACCGAGAAUGCAUUUGGCAUGAGCGGAAUGACCCAGGAGCAAGCUGCGGCAGCCGCUCUGCAGGCAGCAAAGAUUGCACACCUCAAAACACUCGGCCACAAUCUCGAUCAGCUACCACCGGGCUUUCUGCCACCGCAGCUCGAUCUGGCGAAGCUGACCAGCAAUAACAACCAGAACAAUCCGGACCUAUCGUCGCUGGCGAAGUUGCAAUCCUCGCCGAACGUAACGAUCGAACCGACCGGUACGGGGAACCGUAGCAACGAAACCGAUCGUCUACUGCAAACGAGUAACCAUCAAAAGCUGCUCGCCCUAGCCGCCAGCGGUGUUGGUGGCCCUGGGAAUAAUCCGGGCAACCAUGGGCUAAACAACAACAAUAACAGCUUACUGAACAGUGACGCCAUCCGGCGUGGUGGAUCAUCGGAACCGAUGGAUCUCGGACUGGAUGGUUCCGGUGCGCACGAUGACGAUGGCAAUAGUUCCGCGGACGAACGCAACUAUUCGGACGACGAGAGUAUCGCAACGCACUAGAUAAAGGGAACGUGAUGGAAAAAGGAAUUCACUUAUGCCAUUUACUAUACACAUACACACGACAACAGUAACAACAAUAAAAAAAAACCACCGGAAAUCCCGUUUGCCGAUAGGUGAUCGUAUUGAGUGACCGAAUAGUUGAGGCAUCAUACCUAUCAUCAAGCGUCACCAGCAUCCAGAGCAAGUUGGUGAACACCUUCAAGCCGUGUAUACUGCAUGCGGAGUUCGAGUUGUUUUUGUUUCCCCCUUUUCCGCGAUUGUUUAAACGCGAUCGAACGAACAGCAAAAAGAAUGGUUUUUUUGGGAAUACAAAAAUCCGAGUCCGAGAAAUUCAUUGUGCCAUCGUGUUAAGAUAUUGGAACGUCCGAGUGAUCAUACAUGCCAGCAAGGCAUACCCAGGACGUUACCCUCGAAACGGAUGAACGGAUCAUCAGCUGCAGAGUGUUUGUAUACCAGCAACGAUGUGAAAAAAAGAACAUGUAACAAAACAAAACUCCUCAGACAAAAUGCGGUUUCUCCGUUUUUUUGUUUUCGCGAAUAGAUUAGUGCGUUUCUUACCUUAGUUUCCCCCCCAUAUUUUCUACAAAUGGUAAUUUGUUUUUAGAAAACAAAACAACAAAUCUUACAUACCGGGUUCAAAUUAGUGCGUAAGGCAAUAUAUAGGCAAGCAGGUUAGGUAAGCGAUCCUAUAUAUAGAUAUAUCUCCCCGUUCCUCCCUUAAUAUCUUACUCCGGAACAAAACAAAUGCAAAGCAAGAAGUAACAGAAAUACCUCAGACUAAGCAAAAAGUCACCAGCACCUAUAUUACCGAUGUAAGCGAUACGAUUUUGCAAUUAAACUGCAUUUUUGUUUUUCCUCUUAGUACGAAAACGGUACAUGGGGAAUUUCGUUCCCUUGAUGCAAGUCUACCUCAGGGCGGGUUACGAUGAUGCUGCACAUCCGGCAGCACUCGCAAACCGCAGAAAACCAACUUAAUACCGCUAUACCUCUCCGAAUGCUAGUGAAGUAAUAUGAUACGAUUUUUUAAAAACUACUGAACUAAUCUUACCUGAAUGAUUGUAAAACUACGAUGGAAGAAGAAACAAUUGUACGGAACAUGGAAGCAUGGGCAUGUAGAUGGGUGGCCCUUUUACCUAAAGUAUACUACCAACCUUUAAAAAAAACCCCCUCGUAUACGUCUCUAAAGCUUCCCUUCCUUUUACGCUCUUUCGCACAACAUUAAUGAUCGGGAGAGAAAAGGAGAAGCGACAGCGAAGCAAUGAACACGAUCACACUAUCGCGUUGAUAUACGAUUUUGUAACUGAUCGCACAUACAUACAAGCAGCCAAAAAGCAAUCAACAGAGCCAUAAACGACAUCAUACCUGGAAUACGAAAUAUCACGAGCAAACAAAAAAAAACGAAUGUAUACUAAAAACAACUGGUUUAGUAGUUUAAGCGAGCGAAUACACUACACGCUUGUCCCUUUUUCUCGCUUGUUUUUUUUUUUGAAAUUUUCGGUUUCAAUUUUACUCACUUCUAGUGUGGCCCCACAAGCCGAGAGAUACGGGAUGUUUUCUUUGUUUAUCAUACAGCGUAGAAGUUUUUUUUUCUGGUGAAGAUCAUCUCGCAUAUACGAAACACUGUUAUACGAAUCUCUUUUUAUUGAUUGCAUUGAUUUCAAAAGUCCUUCGGUGCGAUGAAGGCAAACCCCCCCGGGCAAAAAAAUAUCAUUAGUUCGUAGGGCUAGUUGCGCAACCAGACACGUGUAUAACGGCAACCAAAACAACACAACAACAGCUAUACGAUACGAGAAGUCAUACAUCUUCAAUACGACAAAAAAAAACCGAUACGAUAUAGGAAUGGAGAGUAAGCAGAGCGGAACUCUUGCCGCACGUGUAUACGUCUACAAAACCGCUGUAUACUGAACUGGAAACGAUUACGAUUUAUCAUUGGGCAAACUUUGCAAUAUCACUCGAAGUAUACUCUAUUCUACCAGACGGAAAUGGGAAACUUGAAGAUAUAAAAAAAGAAAAACAUGCAACGCACGAACGAGAAGAUGAUGCAGAAAAUGAUCAUUACGACAGCAAACUAAAGUACAAUUGAUUCGUGGUGCUUUAACGUACAAGGAUUCGCUUGCUUUCAUUUCAAGAUUGUCUUCAACUCUUUCUCUCUCUCACUCACUCUAAAACCAGACACAGAAACGCAAAGCAAAUGGGACAUCCUUUACUACCUCCUCAUAAAAAAAACAAACAGAAAAAAGAGCGACGUUAAAGAAAUUGGUUCAGUCGCAAUGUAGUAGUUAAUAAUGAUUAGUAUAUACCCUGCUAGAUCACCUACCAACGGGCUAGUUAAAGUCCUUGGCUUUAGUCAUGUAAGCGGAUCAUGAAUCUACCACCACUCAGAGCUACCACACUUACCUCUUCUGCAGCGUGUAGUAAAUAGUGAAAAACAUAUAACAUACAUAUACAACUAUAUUUAACACAAGCCACAACGCGUGGCAAAUUCUCUCAGGGAGUGGGGUAAAUAUUACUACCAGAAGAAAGCAAAAGAAAAAAAAGGGAACGUUUUAACCUUAAGAAACAUUAAACCCAGAAGCAUACGUGAUGUUGGGGUCAACGGGAUAGUUUUUUUUCUUCUUUUGUUUCUUCUGUACUAAUUUUACAAACACAGCAAUUAUUAACUAGCAAUUAUCUCUCAGACAACACAAGAACAAAAACAGACAACCACAACCAGAGUGCAACAGAAAACGGGUAAUGAGUAAUUUAUAAGAAGUUAUAUACAGUGCUGGUUAAGUUUUGUUUUUUUUUUAACAAAUGUAUUUUUUUCUGUUUCUUUGUUUUUUUUCUUACCACUCCCAGUUGAAAAACACCCAAGAAAAAAACAAAUGCCAUGCCAAUUGUUAAAGUUGGUACCGCAAAGAAAUAUACCUCAGUGAAGAAACCGUUAGAGCGUUAUGUAAUUAUAAUGCAUUAAAACAUACAACGUUGUAUGAUUAGUAUUAGUUAAUGGGUUAGUAGAGUUAAAGGGGAAAAUUAGAGGAGCAAACGAGCAAAUGGAUAAUGUGUAAGAAGAGUAGAGUAGAACAAAUGUUAAUAGCACAAGGCAAUUUAGUACGAGUACUUAUGGUUCGCAGUCGAUUACAAAAGUAUGUAUUUGUAUUAUGCGCGUUUGCGUGUGUGUUUGUGUGUUGGAAAAUGAAUAUUCCUAUUACAAAGGAGACACACCACAAACACACACACAAACCUCUCUGAUUCUGAGAUUGUAAAUAGUAUUGCAAAACAAAAAAACGCAUAUAUAGCAUUAAGGCAAUGAUUAAUGGAAUCCCAAAACAGUUGAAUCUCCUCCGAUCGCUCCGAUAAAUGAUAGCGAUCACGAUGAAUCUGAUAUUAGAUAAGGUAAGAGUGUGUGAGCAAAUUGUUGUCGCACACCGCGCACGAACAAACGACUUCAAGCGACGAACCUUGUGACGUUUGGUUGAAAGUGUUUUUUUUUGUCUUUUCUUUUUUUUUAACAUCACAACCACACUAAAAGCCAGGUGUCGGGAGGUGGUAUGGAAAUCAAAUCAAAAUUAUAUAUUAGUUAAACUGUGGGGGGGGGCACAAGCAGAUCGUCCAGACAAAACACGCAGAUCGUCCAUAGCGAUGUAAAAAAGGCACGCGCGCGCGAUAAAAUAGGAAAUGUGGAAAUUCAAUGAAUUUUUUUGUUUGCCGUUUUGUUUAGGUUUUGAUGAUAUAAGCUACAACACUGUUACGAGUAUCAAUUCUGUUUUACGUACGUACUUAACCGAUCGAUAAAACGUUAGUGGGAAAACGUUGUUUACGUUGAUUCGAGUGAAGCGUUUUGAGAUUUGUUUUCUUUUUUUUUUAUUAAUUUGUCACCUUACGAAUUCCUUCUAUCCCUGUCUAUCAUGUUAUUUAUAUCGGUGUUUGCUUUUCGAGCGUAAACAAGUAGAUGCGUAAACUGUAAAACGGGAAGCGAAAGCUCGUUAAGGGUAGAAACUUGUAAGUCAUGCUAGUAUGAGCUGAUCUUGCAUUUUGCUAGAUAAAGGAAUUAGAAAGAGAGAGAAAGAGCGCAGAACAGAAAACAACUCUAACGAUAAGAAAUGCUAAUACAUUGCGCAAAAAAGUAGAAAACAUAGCAAAAACAAAAACUACAGUCUUUGUCAUGCUUUGUCUAUUUUGCAAAAAAGGAAAAUAACGAUUACGCAACUGAUAAAAUGGAACAAACACUAGACAAAAGAGAGUAAAAAAUUUAUACUUACGAAGCGAAGCAUGGGCAUGUUUCAUGGAUUAUUUGUUAACGAUAAGAUGGAACUGUUUCACAGCAAAAUCGAUAAAACAAAGUUCGCUUUUAUGACCAUGAACCAUCCAGCGCAAGGCCGGGCGUAAAAGUAGUUAAGAGCAUGACACAAAACAAGUGAACAAUGGUUCAGAAAUAUAUGAACAGAAGGUAGGAAAAGUGAAGAAAAAAAAUUAUGUUAAAACCACUACAGCACCGCAACACAUUGCGAGCGAGAGAGAGAUUCUAGACACGUUAUGCCGGUAUUAGUAAUUCAUACUCUCCUUUUUUUGUCUCAUUAGUUGUAAGUACUCUAUUGCUAUUAUUGAACAUUGUUCGAUCUUUUUUAAGUUUUUUUGUACACUUUUUUCUUUAUAAGGUAUCGUUUUUUUUUCGGCGGAAAAUAUAUUUAAAAAUUAUAGUACGUUUUUGUGUGUGUCCUUUUUUAUGUUUUAUUCCGUUUUAUAUGUCUCUAUUUAUAUUAUUGUUUCAGCUUUUAUUUGUUCACCUUUGGUUUUCUAGUUGUUUCACGUUUACUUUUUUGAUUUCUAUUUUUAAUUUUCAGCAUAUAACAUAGGGCGUGCCUUUUUUGUUUUCGAUGGAAGCAAAAGUUUUCAAACCAUCCGCAGACGGUUGUCUUCUUUUGCACUAAAACGGAACUAAAAUGGCCGUACAGUUUUUGCUCCGCGCAUAUUAGAUUACACUUACACUUGUCUCACUCAUACCAAAAGCAAAAUUUGCAUUUACAAGUUCCUAGAGUGCAGAAGGUAGUCGAUCGGUCAGGGCAUAUGGCAUAUAGUAAAAUCCAAACACGUAUAAAAUUAAAUUAUCCAAAAAAAAACAUGUGUAGCAGUAGAAAGUUAAGGAUAAGAGAAAGAGAAAAACAACACAUUAUCGAAAAACAAAAAAAGCAUUAUGUGGGCAAAAUGUUUUUUUGAAAUUGCCAUACAGUAGAUGCGCUAGGGUAAAACGUUAAAUGUUGUUUAAAUACUAUGGCAAGUGCAAUAAUUUCCAUUCGAACCGAUCGUCUUUGCGAAGUCACAACCGUGGUCUUUGUUUUCGCUAGAUUAAUCAACGUGCAACCAUUGAAAUAUGUAUGAUACAAAGUUUUAUAAGCUACACAUGGACACAUUUAAACUUUUUCAGCAAAAAGGAAAAAAGAAAUCCCCCAGAGAUCCCACAAAGGUGCGAGUUCGUGUAUGUAUUCAACGAGACAAUAAUGGAAGUUAAGCGAACAAAUUACAAAGAAAAAAACACAAUGGAACACUUUUAAAAAAUCAUGGCGUGGAAAGGAAUUGUAAAAUGUUCCAGCUACAUUCCACCGUUUCCACUUUCAAAUGGUUGAAUAAAACGAGAAAGAAAACAAAAGAAAGCAAAACUAUAAAAAAACUUCCCCGGAAUGAACACAUGAAACAAAACCAAAUUGGUACACAAAACAUACAUGCAAACGCCUCUAUAAACAAUUGUUAUAUCUAGUGAAUAAUGAACACAAGUAAAAGUGCAAAAAUUAGAAACGAUUAGUUACUGCUCCAUUCGACACACUAAACAUUACAGCAAAGAAAGCAACAAAGCGGUCCAGCACACGCACACACACACACCUAAUCGUGUGCUGGAAAUGUUUGGUGAGCUUUUACUAAAAAAGAUCAAUUUACGGUUACAACAUACGCUCGGAUAGAACAUAGUGCAAAAAAGGGUGGAAAGAGAAAGAGAGUGUAUCCUUAAAUUAGUAGAAAACAUUUUGUGAAAUCAUUACAAACUAAGAUAAACGUAAUGCAAAGCUUAUUUAUGUAUUCGAUCCUUCGAAGUGUAGCAAAAUGGCAGUGGAGGAAAACAAAAACAAAACUAUAGUAAAAAAAAAGCCCACACAGCAUAAAUGGGAUAAUCAGAGCUCUGUAGGUAAAAUGGUUAGACAAGAUUGUUUCCGUUUCCGUUUUCUGUUUUAUCUUUACAUCAUAAAUGCAACAUAAGUAAGGCCAGCCAAGCUUCCCGUGUAACAAUCGCUUCGACAAAAUGGCGGAUCAAGCAAACAAAAGCAGUAAGUCAUUAUUAUACCUUAAACAAGACUACUCUCAAAAAAAAACAUGCCCUCAAUGAUAAGUAUGAUUCAAAUAAAGUAACAUAAAGUAAA